AUGAACAACGUUAAUGUGGUAUACACGCCAUGGUCUAAUCUGAAGAAAACAGCUGACGUGGAUGUGGGGCAGAUAGGCUUUCACAGGCAGAAGGAUGUCAAAACUGUGACAGUGGAGAAGAAAGUGAAUGAAAUCUUGAACCUAUUAGAAAAAAACAAAUUGGAGAAGUUUCCCGACUCAGCAGCAGGUCGAGACCAUGAAGAGAGGAGUGAGAAACAAGUUCAGAUUCAGGAAAUGAAAAGGAGAGAGAAAGAAGAAAUGAAGAAGAAAAGGGAAAUGGAUGAACUUCGGAGCUACUCACCGCUAAUGAAGGGUGAGAAUAUGUGCUGA